AUGGUGCGAAGCCUUUCGCAGUGGACGAAGACGCUUAGCUUUCCUUCGAGGCUAUCCCCAAAUCGCACGUCUAAGGAGAGCGUGGUCAAUGUCCAGCCGAGCUCGCCAGGGGUCUCCCCGACUCCUAGUGCAUCUUCUCUCCCGCAGGGAUCGGAGAAAACAAUUUCGCCGAUCCCCAUCACGGAAAUCAGCCAAAUCAUAUAUCCAGACCCUGAGUCGGAGAAGGCUAUAAUGGGUUCUGUUGUCUACUGCAUCCACCACAAAGAAGGAUGCCAGUGGUCAGACGAACUUCGCAAGUUAAAGGCGCACUUGAACACAUGCAAGCAUGACGCAGUGCUGUGUGCUGCGCAGUGUGGGGCUAUGAUUCCUCGGGUGCUGAUGCAGGACCAUCUCCGCUACACCUGUCCCCGUCGUCGAGCGAACUGUGAACACUGUGCCAAGGAGUUUUCUGGCAGUGCGCUUGAGGAGCACCAAGGAAAUUGUGGCCACGAGCCAGUCUACUGCGAGAACAAGUGCGGUGCCAAGGUGCAACGCCGUCACAUGCAACAACAUCUGCAACAGCACUGCAGCAAGCGGCUCGUGCCUUGCCGCCACUGCGGACAGCGGUACACUCAGGAUACAGUAGGCGCUCACGGAGCUACCUGCGCUCGCGCACCUGUACCUUGCCCGCAACGCUGCGCGGCCGCACCCGCUCGAGAUGAACUAGACGCGCAUCUGCGCGACCACUGUGCUGCCACAGCAUUGCCCUGCGCGUAUAGAGAUGCUGGUUGUCGCUUUAAGGGAACACGCCAAGCUCUAGAUCGUCACGUAGAAGAGAGUUGUCAGGCCCAUCUGGCUCUGGUAUGCGGUGUCGCUACACGCCAGGCCAGACAACUCGACGCCCUCCGCUCCGCCCUAGCCAGACUAGCCCUCAACCAGUCUGGCGCUCUGGUCUGGAGAGUCACUGACUUCGCGGCCAAAAUGGCUGAAGCCAAGUGCAAGGAGGGCGUGGAACUGGUGUCACCAGCCUUCUAUACAAGUCAAUAUGGCUAUAAGUUACAGGCGUCCCUGUUUCUGAAUGGCAACGGCGCCGGCGAGUCUACCCACAUGUCAGUCUACAUCAAAAUCCUACCUGGCGAAUACGAUGCUCUACUCCGCUGGCCCUUCGCUCAUACCGUCUCUUUCACACUCUUCGACCAAAGCUCCACGCCAGACAGAGCCUGCAAUAUCGUCGAGAGCUUCGUCCCCGAUCCUACUUGGAAGAACUUCCAGCGGCCUUCUAAGGAACCAGAUGCGCUAGGGUUCGGUUUCCCCAGAUUCGUCUCCCACGAGAUGCUCAAAAAGAGAAAUUUCGUCAAAGACGACGUACUUUUCUUAAGGGUCAAAGUCGACCCAAGCAAAAUAGUCGCCGUAUAA